AUGACAUUUUUUAAUUAUAACUUUUUAUGUGUUCAGUCUUUUACAUUAGAAUUUGGAGUGGCAGUUUUAACAGGAAUUUUUACGAUUUUGACAUUGUUGAUAGUUGUGGUGAAUGUAUCCGAGUUAUCAAGUAUAAUUUCAGGGAAUCCCAUUUUUUUGGUAACAAUAAUCUUGUUACUAUUCACUUGGUGCAUGGCAAUUUCAGGAGCUAAUUCGAGAUCAAGAAAAUCAAUAGCUUUGUCAAUUGUUAUUUGGGCCAUCUUCGUUAUUGUAUGGCUAGUUUUAUCAUUAUACUUUAGAAUACUCAUGAAAAAUACUGACUUCUGCGUAGCGAGUCACACUAGAUGUGCAUCAUCAAUGUGGCUUAUUGGCGGCGGUGGCGGAGGAGGCAAUGCAACUGAUGACGAACCCCCUGUCGAAGAUCCAGGAGACAAAGAAAUAUUAUUGAUAAAUGACUUACCAGAAAUAACUUUUAAAAGUUUUCAUCCCGUGAGGACGAACGUAAUUCCCCAAGCUACCCCUGUCGUUGUUACCACGACUGUUGCCAAUACUGCUAUUUCAAACCAAACGAGUAUGGUGAUCGAUGUCAACGACGGGUGUGGAUGUGAACGUCACCCGCGGACGACGACUGAAAGCCCGCCGAGCGAUUUAAGAACGCGCGUCAUCGAGUACAGGAAAAAUAUGGCGAUGUAUCGUCAAGCCACGGAGGCGGUGAUACAACUUCGAAAGAAAAAAAAGAAGGUACCACAUAAAGAAUUAGAUGAUGAGCCAGAUUCUGAAGAAAAGGGUGCUGAAUCUGAUGCAAAGGGAAGCAAAGCUGCAGCUAGCCCCAUAGAAUUUGUGACUAUGGCAAUUUUUUUGCUGCUGUUCCUGUAUGCGUUGUAUGUACUAUUGUCCUACCACAGCGAAUUAAAAUUUAUGGAGGAUUGUAAAUGUACAAUUCUUACAUAACAUCGCAUACCAUCACUACGUAAAUGCAGCCAUGAAACAAUAGUACGUAUUGUACCACAUAAUAUGU